CCCGGAAAGGGCCGGCGGCGGCGGCGGCAGAGGGCGGCAAGAUGGUGCGGAAGCUGAAGUACCACGAGCAGAAGCUGCUGCGGCGGCUGGAGCUGGUGAGCUGGGAGGCGGCGGCGGGGAGCCUGGCCGAGGUGAAGGCGCUGCGGCGCUACCGGCUGGGCCGGCGGGAGGAUUACGUGCAGUAUAAAGCGCUGGCCCGCAGCGUGCGCGCCUUGGCCCGCCGCCUCCGCGACCUGGGCCCGGCCAGCGCCGCCUUCCGCGCCCGCUGCGCCGCCGCGCUGCUGGAGAAGCUCUACGGGCUGGGGCUGGUGGGCAGCCGGCGGUCGCUGGCCGUCUGCGAGAGCCUCUCGGCCGCCGCCUUCUGCCGCCGCCGCCUGCCCUGCCUGCUGGUCAAGCUGCGGAUGGCGCAGAGCCUGCGGCACGCCGUCACCUUCGUGGAGCAGGGCCACGUCCGCGUGGGGCCCGAGGUGGUGACCGACCCCGCGCUCCUCGUCCCCCGCGCCGUGGAGGACUUCAUCACCUGGGUGGACGCCUCUCGCCUGCGCCAGAAGGUGCUCGACUACAACCAGGAGCGCGACGACUUCGACCUGGCCGCCUGAGGACGCGCUGCCUGCCCUGCCCCUGCUCUGCCCCUCGGGACACGCCUGGGAAUAACCCUCGCCAGGAAGGACCACAGCCGUGCCCCCGCCGAUGCUCGCCCCCUCCCCCGGCCGCCGAUGCUCGCCCCCUGCAAACGCACCCAAAAGGGGAGCCAGGACGGGCGUAUGCGCUCCCUGGGGGGGAGGGCCCUGCGCGCUCCCCGGGACCCUGCUGCUCCGGCCGACAGCCACGCUCAUCCACAUUGAAAAACUUCCCUCCCGCAUCCAUCGCUCCGAGAAAACGCCCCGUGGCCUGGCUGUACUGUACUUGCAUCCCUGUAAAGCACAAGCGCUUGGAAAGGUCUCUGCCCGAUGGCGGGACAGGAUGUGGUCGGGUUGAAGUGCUCGGCCGCUAAUGAUAGCUGCGGGAAGGGGUUUAAGCCUGGCCGUGCGGCUGUUUUAGGAUUGAGUUUGGCAGCCUGGGGGCUGCUUUUCGAAGAGGCUGCCCUGCCAACUCCCUGCCUUCAGCUGACGGGCACGCUGUAACCGGAGGAGCUGCUUCUGGAAGGGUUUUCUCAUGAUGGCAAGGAAUGUGUGUAUGGGGGGAAGUGCAGGGAUUGUUUGUGGUCAGCAGUAAACAAGGAGGGCAAAUGCUUCUUUUUCUGGAACUGUAAAAGUUUUGGCCAAACCCAGAAUUUUAAAAAGGCCAAAAAAAAAGAAAUAAAGCCUACUUUAUUUUCAUGUGAA